UGGAACGCAAGAACUGCGGGCAGGCUCUCCGAAGCCUUCUGGGAAAAGUUUAUCAGCCAAUCAUCAUCAGAGUUUCUUAUGCUCCAAGGAGGUCCUAAACACGUAGAGCACAAUGCAGUGAAGUGUCUGUACACCAUUACGUAUCAUCGUGUUUUGUUUCCAUAUGUGUAUUUGUAUAUGGUGCUGUGUCUGUCUGUUCUGUUCUGGUCAUGUACAUCAUGUCUCUCUCUUCCUGCAGGCCCCUCCAGGCCCUGGUGCUAGUGAUGCCAGUAGAAACCCUCUGAGCCAGGCUCCCCCAUGGCUGAGGCGUCUGUGUGGGCAGCUGCUGUCUGAGAGGCUGAUGCAGUCCAGUCUGUGGUGAGCACCAUUCUGGAGGGGGCGCAGGAGGAGAGUCUGACUGGAGGAAAUGUGAUGGUGUAGCCAGGAUCCUAGCAGCCUGCCCUCAGCAGUGUCUAUCUCCACACAGUUACUACAGCCAGGUUUGCCCCCAGUCAGAUUAUGGAGCUCCUGCACUUCAGAGACAAGCUGACAGCUCAGAAGUUCCAGCGUGUGGCCACCAGGGCGGCUCUCACAAUGGUGCAGGACCGUCUAGAGUUUACCCAGCAAUAUCUGCUCAUCCCCUCUUCAGCUCCCUCCACUGCUGUGGCCGGAUGACAGGAGACGGUCAAACCCAGGACACAGUAGAGGAAUGGGAGCUGACGCGCUGUGUGGAGGAUGUGUUUAAGAUCUGUGUGGUGUGGAACAGCCCAUCUGCCCAUUUGCUGAAGGCUCUGGGAGAGCGCCCCCUGUCAGGAGAUCCUGCUCUGGUACUUGGGCCACUGAGCCUCCUAUGUCCCUGUCAACCCUAAAGCAGCUGUGUGCCCUGGACAGAGUGAUGGGCAGGUUGGCCUCUGGGUUCCACUUCACACCUGGCAGUGAGAGAUGGGCACAGCUUACCCCCUCAGAGACAGUCAGUAAUGAGGAUGAUGCUCUGUAUGAGAAGGUGUCUGGGGAGCAGUGUCUGGCCCAGCUGCUGGCUGAGAUGAAGGACAGUGACCUGCCUGGAGACUUCUUCCUGGAGCUGCUGCAGGUGGUGGAGUUCACCGUGGCUAUGCUGCAGAGGGCCUGUGUGGGUCUGGACCAGGUCAGGGGUGUUGAGGGGCCAGUGGAGACCCAGACCCUCAGCAUGGGAAUGGGCCUGGUGGGCACCCUGCUCUCAGGACCGUCAUCGGUACACGCAUCUGAGUGCUGAGGACUACUCAGGAAUGUCGAGGCUCCUCCCACCCCUGGAGGAGAUUUCCCAGAGGCACCCUGAGGUGGUGAUCCGUCACACACAAAAACCACACAUCAUGGGAGAGGCUCCAGCAAUAGACUCAUUAUCUUUUAGCGUGUAGAUUUGACCACACAAAGAAGGACGCGUCUGCAGCUUUCCUCAAUGACGCAGUCACCCAAGGAUCUGACAGAUUCAUCAUGAGCUGUUUUGUGAGGGACAUGUGUAUGAAUGAAUGUGAAUGUGCUUACUCAUGUUUGUGUGUUAUAACAGUGGAUCAGGCCUAAUUGUAGUCAGAAAGACAUAAAACAGUCGUAAAUCA